AGCACCGGAGCAGCCGCCGCCUCCCGCCCCGCUGGCAGCCCGCGCCGCCGCCUCCCCCUCCCCGCAGCGCGGCGUCAGGUGCCGCGGAGCGCCCAGCGCGCCUGUGCGGCGGCCACCCGGAGCGCAGCGGGGCCGCAGCCGGGAGCAGGAGCCGCGCUCGCCGCUGGCCGAGUGAGAAGAUGGCGGAGCCGGGGGCUGCGCGUACCUCCCCCCCGCAGCCGCGGGCGCCAGUGGUGGAUGGAUUUCUGAAAACUGAUGAAAGGCAAAGAUUAGCAAAAGAAAGAAGAGAAGAAAGAGAAAAAUACCUAGCUGCCAGAGAGCAGCAGAUUUUGGAGAAGGAAAGAAGAGCAAAACUUCAGUAUGAAAAGCAAAUUGAAGAACGAUGGAGAAAACUGGAGGAACAGAGACAGAGAGAGGAGCAAAAGAGAGCAGCUGUUGAAGAGAAGAGGAAACAGAAGCUCAGAGAAGAAGAGGAACGUUUAGAAGCCAUGAUGCGUCGUUCACUAGAACGUAGUCAGCAGCUGGAACAGAAACAGAAGCGAUGGUCGUGGGGAGGAGCACUGACUGCAGGCUCAGGAGGGAGAGAUGGUGAAUCAGAAAAUACCCCACCCCCUCUCCUAGGUUUAGCUGCCAACACCCUUCCUUCAGACCCUGUGACCUCUACUGCUGCUGCUGAUUCCUACAAUGCAUGUGACAAACUUUCAGCUUCUACAAUGAAUCUGCCAAAGCAAAUGGAGUCACCAAUCAGUAAGCGUCUCUCCUCCUCCACAGCGGCAAUAACAUAUUCCCCUGACAGAGCUCACCGCAUGCACCUUAGUCCAGUGGAAAACUUUAUUGUUUCUCGACUGCUGACUCCCACACAGUCUUCUUUAGCCAGAAGCAGAAGCACAUUAAUGCUUUCUGAGCAAUACAAUGAUUCAGUAUUCCAUAUCUGUCCUCGUGUAGCACCAGCUAGUCCUCUUAAAUCUCCCUACAAGCCUUCCCCCACCCGAAGUGCAGAAAGGAAGAAGGCAGCAUCAGCUUCCACUUCUGAUGCCAUGAAAGGGGCAACUGCAGCUGAAGUUACACAGACUGAAAAGAUAAAGAGAGAGAAGCGACCCACAACACCUGUUUCAUCAUCUGGCCUGGGAUCCCCUCUGAGAAGAUCUGAUUCUCCUGCAAGCAUAUCUAAAAGAUCUGCAUCACCUGCACCACCAAAGACAGUUACAAAGACGUAUCCACAGUCUCCUAAAAAUGUUAAACAAUAUCCUGCAUCUCCUGUGAAGCACCGUGUCAUCUCUAAUCUCAGCCAGGAGACUCCUAAAAAGAAAGCAGACAAGGAGAAAGAGAACACCACUAGCCACAAACCCCAGCUGUCUUCCACUGAGGAGGUUGUGGGCCAAGCAGUUGCUGAGAAACAUGUGCCUUCUGCAGGAAAGACUGAAAGCAGUGAAGGGAAGCUCACAGCAGGAACUACUGAUGCAGAAGAAGCUACAAAAAUUCUGGCAGAGAAAAGACGUCAGGCUCGUCUGCAGAAAGAACAAGAAGAACAGGAGAGACAGGAGAGAGAAGAGCGGGAAAGGCUAGAGAGAGAGGAGCUGAAAAGAAAGGCAGAAGAAGAAAGAAUUCGCCUAGAAGAAGAAGCUCGUGAGAGAGAGGAGGAAAGAAGGCGUGAAGAGGAAGAAGCUAGGAGAAAAGCAGAAGAGGAUGCCAGAAGAAGAGCUGAGGAAGAAAAAAUGCUAAAGGAAAAGCAAGAAAAAGAACUGCAGGCCAAGCUUGAAAAACAGAGAGAAGAAGCUGAAGCAAAGGCCCGAGAGGCAGCUGAACACAUGCGGCUGGAAAGGGAACAAAUCAUGCAGCAGAUUGAGCAAGAAAGACUGGAGAGAAAGAAGCGAAUAGAUGAAAUAAUGAAGAGAACAAGAAAGAGUGAAACACCAGAAGUAAAGAAGGAAGAGCCAAAACUGGAGAUACCAUCAACUUUGACUGUGGAAAAGCAACCAAAAACUCUUGCUCUCAAUCAAAUAGAAAUCAAUGGACUGACAGCCUGCCAGGAGAGUAAAGGCUUAGGAUGUGCUGCUGUUGAAACACUUUCUCGAGAUAUAUUUUCUAAUGGACUUAAGUCAGUUACGGGGCUUAUUCAGCUGGAUGCCAUUGAUGGGAAAUCUAACAGCAUGGAUGAUUCAACAGAUGAGGUUCAGUCUAUGGAUGUGAGUCCUGUUUCCAAAGAAGAACUUAUAUCUAUCCCAGAAUUCUCACCUAUGAAUGAACUCAUUCCCGGUGGUUCUAUGGACCAGAAUGGAACAAGUAAUGCCAAGGCUCUUGAAGAUCUCUUGGAUUUCACAGGACAGGCCACUUACUCCAAGAUAUCCAGUGAAAACAUUAGCCUGGAUGAUUGUAACAAAAACUUGAUUGAUGGAUUUAACAGUCCUGGGCAGGAGAAUACACUAAACUCCAUCUGUUGACAACCACACGAUUCUGUUGUACAGAUGAAGAGGAAGUAUUUAUGGAGGAUAUACGUCCUGUCAUGCUGCUGGCAGUAAAAUAUGAGCUUGUCAUCUGAAAGAGCUUCUGCAGUCUUUGAACACUGGAUUUCACAUAAUCAGAGCUGAAUAUAACUUUGUCUUCCCAAGUGGUAUGUUGAAUAACUGGCUGUUCUUCAUAGAUGCCAGGAAUCUAUAGCCUUGAUUAGUUUCAGGGAAGAUUCAUUGUGCUUUAGAAUUUGGGCUUCAGCUGCUAAUAAAGCUCUUACUACUUUUUUUUUUUAAUUUAAAUUUCAUCUAAAUACUUCACUGUGAUUUUUACCCUGUGCAUUUUAUUUUAAAAUCAUUCUUCCUUCAGUUUUAUCAUACAAGUACUCAAUGUCACUUUCUUGUAAAUACUAUGAGGUUUGCCCACAGUGCGUUGAAAUUAAAUAAUGUACUGUACUUUAGCUCUGUGCCUAUUUUUUUAAAUGGGGAAAAAUACUGAAGAGUUCUUGGCAACUCUUUUUUGCAGGUGUAUAAUUGCAAAACUAGAACUGAGGAAGCAUGAAAACAAAUAAUUAUUCAACUGCUGGAAUCAAAGGAGCCUCCUUACAGACUGUGGAGGGUUAGAUUUAUCCCCCUGCUACAAUGCAUCACACAUGACUAUUUUGUCUUUUUUUUUUAAGUCAAUAGUGACAAAGCAGUUUAAUACAGUACUAAUAAAGCCUUGGGUUGACUCUCGCUGAAGUCUUUAAAACUCCCUUGAUAUAACACUUGUAGACAAUGUAGGCAUAAUACCCAUUACAGUUCUUUAAUAUGUAUUCCAUAACUGCAGUAGUUCUAAGCAAGUAUGUCAUGGGGUUCAGAUAAAUGUUGAGUUAACUAUUUGAGAUCCGUUAUUAAUACCAGCAGGCUUUCAUUCAUGUAGACAACUAUUUUGUGUCUUCCUACAGACUCAACAAAAAAUAUAAUCAGCGGUAAAACAAUAUACAGAUAUUGCAACGGAAAUACUAAGUCUGAGACACUGUCUCUCUCUCACAUAGUAUUUUCACCUAUAUAACAAUAUUAGCCUCCUUAGUACUCAACAAACAUCUAUAUGGGAAAAUUAAUAUCAAGAAUGUAAAAUGUAGACAUUAUGUGCCAUACAAUGUAUUUUGGUUAGUAUUUCUUUUGGUGAACUAUGGUAACUUUUAUCCUAUAUUCUGUGCUGCCUGGAGGACAUUUUUGUCCAAGUCUUUUAAAAAAAGUCACUACAAUUCUGUUUGGAGACUAACAAAAAAGUAGAAACUUUUAUAUGUAGAGAAGUUUACAAUGUAGCUUGGUCUCAAUUGUAGCCACGUUCUUCUGCUUUUAAAGCCAGCAACUGUUUAAAAAUUGAAGUAGCCAAUGAACCUGUGUGUGAGUAUAUAAAGAAAACAUGCCUAUAACAAUAGUUCUUUUUAUGUUGGUGUAUUUCAGCAAAAUACCUUUCCUAGUGACUGUUCAGUAAGCUGUAGCAUGGUAUCGUGUCUUCCAAAUUAGUCCUACAGUUGUUUCCUAAAUAAUAAUAAAAAAAAGAACCAAAACAAACUAAUCAUGUUUGUUUUGCUUGAUAUAUUGUAUUUGGCAGAUGUCACCUGAGAUGUUAUAUUUUAUUAUGGUGUCAUUGUAUAACCUGUAGAUUACCUCACUUGCAUGACAUGUAUAGCAUGUAUAAGAGUGAAAUACAUUUUCAUUUGAGUCUGA